GACUGCGCAUGCGCGGAGGCGGCCUGGUAGGCUCGCGAUAUCCAGGGUGAAGAGUGAGAGGGAAGGAGCAGUGAGUAUGGUGGAGAACUCUCCAGCCCCUCUGCCUGAAAGGGCGAUAUACGGAUUUGCUCUGUUUUUGGGAUCUUGGUUUGGCUUUAUGCUGUAUCUUAUCUGGGCAUAUGUCCCUGAGACUUGGCUCUUCUCAUUGGGACUAACAUACUGGCCUCAAAAGUACUGGGCAGUUGCUUUGCCAGCAUAUUUAUUAGUUGCUGUAGGAAUUGGUUAUGUAUUACUUUUUGGUAUUAACAUGAUGAGUACAGCUCCGCUGAACUCCACGCAUACUAUUACAGAUAACUAUGCUAAAAAGCAGCAACAGAAGAAAUUUCAAGAGGAAGCAAUACCAGCAUUGAGGGAUAUUCCCAUCAGUGAAGUAAACAGAAUGUUUUUCCUUCCUGAAAAAGGAAUCUGCAAUAGCAGAUAGUAGUUGCUAAGACCUGUCUGAAUAAAGGAUUAUGAGGAACGUUACAUAACCUCUCAUUGCUGAAAGAAACCUUCUUCUCAUUGUAUAAGAAAGCAUUUUUUUGUGUGUUUCUAACAAAAUUUAUGUACAUACAUUUCACUGAUGUGGCUUGGUAACCUGCAUUAAUAUGAGAAUUAGGGCACAUUAACUCAUUUAUCCAUUUUGUUGAUUUUAAAAUUACAUUAUGUUAGUUGUAGGCUACUACUUAAAACUUCCCACUCUGAGUAAAAUAAAUGUUUGGACCUGGCUUAAUUCUGUUUGUCACUGAGUUCAAGGAAAGCAAAUGCAUUUUGUUUGUCAAAUGCUUGAGGCUUUUUUUAAAGUAAGUUAAAUUGAAUUGUUUACAUUGUAAAUGUACAGUUUUCAUUUGUAAAUAUUAAUAAACUGCAAAUAUUUUUAAGGUUA